CCAAGAGUAGAUGAGUAAAUACGAACAGUACCCAUUCGUAUACCGACGUCGCCGUUUUAUGUAGUUCGCGGGAAAAUUUUUCUUUCAUAUACGAGUUACGUAUGUAUAGUUUUCACAAUGAAUUAUACAAGAUACAAAUUCCGACCAUGUACACUGAUCUCCUUUUCCAUCAUCUUAAUAUUGAAUAUAAUUUCUUUAAAUGGUGAUAUUAUUGUAAAAAGUCAGCAGGACAUUUUGGAUGAUUUACCAAGGGCAUCAGAUUUGGACCACUAUCUUAGUGUAUUGGAGAAAGCAGUAGAUUUUUGUGUUGAAAAUAAAUAUGGCGUGGAUAUGAGUUUAGACUUUGGCUUAUUUUUAGCUGGAGUAACAAUAAACCAAGUUUUGAGGGAAAAAAUACAUAAACUACCACCUAAUUUAGUAGUCCGUUUAGAACAAGUGCUCCUUAAGUAUGGCGAAAUAAAGGACUACUUCAACGUAAAUGUAAGAAAGGGGCUGCUACGUAAAUACGGUCCCUCAGCACAAAACACAUGCAUUGCACGUUUGGCGCGACAACCUAUAUUCCCACCGACUCGGAUGCCUCAAGCUAAAUGCAAACUCCCGACAUUGUGCAUAAGUUACCUGUUUGUAGGAGAUGUUUUCGGCUAUGGAUUGGCACACAGACUUUUACUGUUUGUUAUGGCAAAGCAUUCUCGAAAUUGUGCCGUGUUUGGGAAAGAAGUAGAUAAAGACAAAAUGGACAAGUUUUGCUCCUUUUUAUAUCUUGAAUGCCAGUAUAAUGCGUUUAACGACUUUGCUAUGCCCGAUUUGGUUUUCGAAAUUGUUGCACUCUGCGGGUUGCUAGGCAACGCUCAGUUUUUAACCAAUUCGUGGAUGAAAUUCCUUACGACGUAUCAAACAAGAGACGGGUACUUCAAUGGAGAUAUAAUUGGAAUGGAACAUAUAGACACAAAUAUGAACGUUACUGAUCAAAAUGAGCUGAACAAGCACACAACGGGAACCGCCGUGGCAGCCUAUGCAAACGUUAUCAGAUAUAUAAUAGAAACCCACUACUAA